UGCCGCAAAAUUAUAAUUAGUAAUAUAUUUGACUUUUAUCCUACACGUUUGCACAUGCGCACUGGGAUUAGUUAUAGGUUAGGUUUCCUAACGUUCAAAGUCACAAUUGUUUGGAUCCACGUGUUUUAAAUUAUUUAUUUACAAAAGGGAUAAAAAGAAAUAUUCAAAAAUGAAGAGAAAAGAUGAAGCAGAAUUAGCAACUUCAGAGCCAGGUUCGAAGAAAUCGAAAAAAACAGUGAAUUUCGCUUCUCAAGUACGUGUCAGGGAAAUACCGAGAAAAGAUGAGAAGCCCGAGAAACUUUCAAAGCAGGACAAAAAGCAGAAAAAGAAGGGCAAAUUCGAGAAGCAGACAAUUGUGAAAAAACUAGAAAAAAUAGCAUCAAAGAAGGAGAAAAUUGCAAUUGCCAAAACACCAGAGAAACCAUCGAUAUUGAAAAAACCACAAAAAUCGCAAUCACCUUCAUCGAUAAAAAAUUUCGAAAAUUCAAACAAAUCAAAAAAGAAAUUCGAAAAUCAAAAAUCAUUUAAACCACAAAACAAUGAAUCAGGUGAAAAAGUUGAUUGGCUAGAUUUCAAAAAGAAGAAAAAGGCCCUCAAGGCUCAAAGAAAAAUUAAAAAAUUAACCAGCUUAUAUGAUAUAUCUGUGCAAGCCAAGAAAAUCGGUGAAAAAUUACGUGUACUCGAAGCACCGAGUGAAAAUCGUACAAAACUGUCAACAGAAUUACACGAAUUGUUAAAAGGAAAUUAUACAAAAUUCAUCUUAACGCACGAUAUGUCACGUGUAAUUCAAUGGUUAAUUAAAUAUUCCUCAGCCGAGAUUCGUCAAUCAAUUAAAACAGAACUCGAAUCUCUAUUAAUUGAAAUGUUCCAAUCAAAAUACGCGAAAAAUUGCAUCAAAGCAUUCUUCCAAUACGGCACCGAUAAAUUAAGAAAGGAAAUUUUCUCCGCCUGCAAUGGUUAUGUUAUUAAAUUAUCAAGUCAUACAGUGUCGGCACCAGUUUUUGAAUUCGCCAUCAGUGAAUAUGCCACAGACGCGGAUAAAAUUCGAUUCAAACAAGAAUUCUACGGUGACAUGUACAAGCACGCAAAGGAUGAGAACGUCAAGACUCUCGACGAUGUUUACAAAAUCGCCACCGACAUGAAGAAAGCAACUCUAUCAGCAGUCAAGACAAAUUUGAAUCGAAUUCUAAACAAAAAAUUGGCAUCAUCGCCAAUUGUUCACACUGUUUUAAAUGAAUUUUUAUCAAGUUGCACCGAUCAAGAUCGCGAUGAAAUGAUACCAAUGCUGAGAAGUUUGAUAGUCGAUUUAAUAAAAACAAAGGAUGGAACACAAGUUGGAAUGCUGACUAUUCGUCACGGUUCGAACAAGGAUAAGAAAAUUGUCAUGAAAGCCCUCAAGGAGCACGUGAAGGAUAUUUGUGUCGCCGAACAUGGACAUUUAUUAAUUUUCUCACUUGUCGACAGUGUCGACGAUACGGUUCUCUUGAAGAAAAUCAUUCUCACGGAAAUUCUCAACAAUGCUAAUGAAAUUAUUCUCAACGAAUAUGGAAGAAAGGUAAUUUUAUAUCUUGUCGCGCAUAGAGAUUCACACUAUUUUCAUCCAGCAAUGAUCGAAUUAUUGAAAAAGGAGAAUGAAAAUUCAGCCAGCAAGAAACCAAUUGAAUUGAAGGAGAAGGAAAUUUUGGAUGGUGUCAUUGACAAAUUUCUCGAAUCCAUUAUUUCGGACACAAAAACAUGGCUUUCGAGUUCACCAAUUCAAAUGGUCACAUUAGCAAUUAUCACUUCGAAUCACGACAGAAAUUUAGAAUCAACAUUUCAAGCGAUCGCUGACUUUUUGUUGAGCAACGAUUCGAAAAUCACCGAAGACGAAAAGGAAUACAGCGCGAUUGAACACAGCGGUCUUCAUCUGAUUCUCAAGAAACUUUUUCAAAAAAGUGAAAUAUUUCUUAGCAAAAAUGGAACGUCCCUUGGUGACGUUAUGUUAAAACUUUUAAAUAAUGACGUUUUAGAAAAAUUAAUUCAGAUAAAUCGAGGAUGCUUUUUGGUAGUUUUUUGUUUAGAAAAUUCAUCAUCAACUGUUGUAUCAAGUUUAAUGACCCUAUUGCAGUCAAUGAAAAAGAAAUUGACGUCCUUACAAAGUCCUGGAGCGAGAAUUUUGUUAAAAAAACUCAAAGAUUGUAAAUAAUGUUAGUUUUACAUAAUAAUACACGAUUAUAAUUUAACUUUGAUUUUAGUAACAAAUCAAAUAAAAACUGUAUAUUCGGGAAUAAAUAAUUUUUAAUGUUAUACUGUAA